AUGGCUAACCCAGGGCAACCUCAGUUUCCCCGGGUGCAGGAGACGGGUUCCACCUCACCUUUGGAACUGCCCGAGAUGGAGAAGCUCCUCACCAAGGUAGAGGGCAAGGAUGACAAAGCCCUGAAUCUGUCCAAGUCCUUCUCGGAGGCUCUGGACUUGGAGAAGAACGGCCACAGCCUGCCCUUCAAGGUGAUCUCCGAGGGGCACCGGGAGGCCUCCCUCCCUGGCUCCCUUUCCCGGGCCAGCUCAAGGCGGGCAUCCUCUGUCGCCACCACCUCCUUCGCCCAGGACCAAGAAGCCCCCAAAGAUUACCUCAUCCUUGCCAUCGCCUCUUGCUUCUGCCCUGUCUGGCCCCUCAACCUCAUCCCCCUCAUCUUUUCUAUUAUGUCUAGAAGUAGUGUGCAGCAGGGGGACCUGGAUGGGGCCCGGAGGCUGGGUCGCCUGGCCCGGCUGCUCAGCAUCACCUUCAUCAUCAUGGGGAUCAUCAUCAUCAUCGUGGCUGUCACCGUCAAUUUCGCAGUUCAGAAGAAAUAA